AUGAACUUCACCCAGGAGUACGAGAAGCCGGACAAGCAGCAACUCUCGCGCACAUACUCGAUUUCGGGCACGCUAUGCACCCCGAAGGAUGUCCAGCUCAAGGACGUCGACAACAUCCAAUAUCUCAUCCAUGGUAUCGGCUUCGACUCCAGCUACUGGGAUUUUGCCGUGCCCGGUACAGACGAGUACAGCUACGUGAGUGCAGCCGCUGCCGCCGGGUACAGUACAUUCCGCUAUGACCGCCUGGGUACGGGCCUCUCCGAGCAUCCUUCAGAUACCUACAAUGAGGUACAGGCGCCCACUGACCUCGCCAUCGCCACGAAGCUCCUGGAAAUGCUAAAGGGCGGAGGGAUUGGGGGACAACAGUUCUCCAAGGUCGUCGGCGUCGGGCAUAGCUACGGUUCCGUGCAAGUUCAGGCCCUGUCAGCCACCGUACCCCACAUGCUGGACGGCGUCCUCCUCCAAGGAUUCUCCAUGAACUCAACCGGUCAGGAGCAACUGUUGGUCUCCGGCGCCUACUCGACCGCCACUCAGGUCUUCCCUUCCCGGUUCAAAGACUCCAAUCUCCCUUCCACGUACCUCGUCACUCUGGCCCCGCAAACACAGCAGCUGAACUUCUGGUACUUCCCUUACUACCCCGAUACCGCAUUCGCGCGGAACAGGGAGACGGAGCAACCGGUCACGCAGGCCGUGCUGUUUACGCAGAGCCGCUUGAUGCAGAACGCGACGGAGUUUACUGGGCCUGUCCAUGUGGUCACUGGCGCGGAGGACUGGCCGUUCUGCUUCUUGGAUUGUUAUGCUGUCCCUGCCGAUAGCACGCGGAAGAGCAUCCCUGAGUAUGUGCAAGACCUGUACCCCGCCGCGAGCGACUUUUCUGUUUACAUCCCGGCUAACACUGGGUGCGUUUCUCUCUUUCCACACCUGGAUAUGCGUCUUGCUUACCUCUCAUUGCCCAUUGCCAGACAUGCGGUCAACGCCCAUUACUCAGCACCACAAGUAUACCAGGAAAUGUUGGGCUUCGUUGGCAAGGUCUUCGGUACGUAA